GUGUGAGCAGAGAAAGAAUUUAUUAGAUUUGGUUAAACAUUUAAAACAAACUUUAAAAACCCCACCAAAUUCAAAAUGGCAACAGCACCAGUAACUACCAACUUUUUUUACCACUCUCCUUCACUUCCUCACCAUUCCCCGCGUUUAAACUUACUUUUACCGCCGUUUACCGCUACUCAACGGCGUAAACAUAACCACCGUUGCCUGAAAUCAGCCGCCACCGGAGCCACCAUGCUCCUCCAAAAUCCAGUGGCGUCCGAUCUUUGCGCUGCUGGUUUGUCCGCUUCGAUUGCGCUUUCGGUUCUUCAGCUCUGGAAAGAAACCGCUAGUCGAGGCAUAUUUGAUCAGAAAUUAAAUAGGAAGCUUGUACACAUAAGCAUUGGGCUAGUUUUCAUGCUUUGCUGGCCAUUAUUCAGUUCAGGACAUCGGGGAGCAAUUUUAGCAGCUCUUACUCCAGGUAUAAACAUUUUUCGAAUGCUUCUUUUGGGAUUAGGGAUAUUGAAAGAUGAAGCCACAGUGAAAUCAAUGAGCAGAUUUGGAGACCACAGGGAACUUCUGAAGGGGCCACUCUACUAUGCAUUAACUAUUACGUUGGCGUGUGCUGUCUAUUGGAGAACUUCUCCUGUUGCUAUAGCAGCAAUAUGCAACUUGUGUGCUGGAGAUGGAAUUGCGGACGUAGUGGGGAGACGACUUGGUAAGCAGAAACUCCCCUACAACAGAAAUAAGUCCAUAGCUGGUAGCAUUUCAAUGUUUCUAGCUGGUUUUGUAUCAUCUGUAUUGUAUAUGUAUUAUUUUGCCUCUUUUGGAUAUCUUGAGAAAAGUUAUGAAAUGGUGUUGGGAUUCUUAGUUGUUUCUCUUGGAGCGGCGUUUGUAGAAUCACUUCCCAUAAGUACCGAGCUUGACGACAAUCUCACAGUCACCGUAACUUCUGUGUUUCUGGGAAGUCUUAUUUUCUAAUGUCAAGUAGCGUAAACUUACAAUCAGUUACUAGAAAAACAAAAAAAUGUAUCUCAAUGUAUUCUAUGUUCAAUGCGAAUAGUCAAAUGAAAUGUAUCUUAUUAUUCCCUGUAAUGUUUGUAGUGUUGCCACCAA